UAUACAGGGACUGGGAAGUGAAACAGAACGCAUGGGCUGAUGAGAGGCUGUUAGAGAUUGUGUAUUACUAAGUGACGUGAAGUAGGAAGUCGCUGGAAAAGGUAGAGUGAUUCCAUGCCUGUGGGCGGGACUUGAAGGUAGAUUUCCCGCGCUGUAUGGAUCGUACUUUGGGAAUUAUUAUUACACAUUGCUAGUAGAUCGGAUUUUUUAUUUUUUUUUGCUUGAUCAGACAAAAAGGCAAAAACCUUCAAGAUGUCAAAAAUAGAGAAAAUGAGCAUACUCGGUGUGCGAAGCUUUGGAGUAGAGGAUAAGGACAAGCAAGUCAUAACUUUCUUUACUCCGCUGACAAUUUUGGUAGGACCAAAUGGAGCAGGGAAAACUACUAUUAUUGAGUGCCUCAAGUAUAUCACAACGGGUGAUUUUCCACCUGGGUCUAAAGGAAACACUUUUGUCCAUGAUCCAAAGGUUGCUCAUGAAACAGAUGUUAGAGCACAGAUUCGUCUUCAACUCCGAGAUGUCAAUGGACAACUUGUGGCUGUGCAACGGUCUAUGGUGUGCACUCAGAAAGGGAAAAAAACUGAAUUUAAAACAUUGGAAGGAGUGAUCACCAGAAUGAAGCAUGGAGAGAAAGUCAGUCUUAGUACGAAAUGUGCAGAAAUGGACAGAGAGAUGAUCAGUACAUUAGGAGUGUCCCCCGCCGUUCUGAACAGUGUCAUCUUCUGUCACCAGGAAGAUUCCAACUGGCCUCUGAGUGAGGGGAGACAGCUGAAGACAAAGUUUGAUGAGAUCUUUUCAGCAACCAGGUAUAUUAAAGCCUUGGAUACUUUGCGUCAGGUGAGGCAGAAGCAAGGACAGCGGGUGAAAGAAUGUCAAACAGAGCUGAAGUAUCUAAAACAGAAUAAGGAGAAAGCAAGGGAAAUCCAAGACCAGCUACGGAGUAAAGAGGCCCAGUUAGCAGCCUCUAAAGAGAAUGUGAAGUCUAUUGAUAACCAACUUGAUCCACUCAAAAGUCGGUUGACGGAAAUUCAGAAAAACCUUUCUAAAGUAAUGAAGCUGGAUAAUGAUAUAAAAGCGUUGGAAAGCAGGAAAAAGAACAUGGAAAAGGACAAUCAGGAUUUAGAAGAUAAAAUAGAGAAGAUUUUCCAGGGGACAGAUGAAGAGCUUAAUGAGAUGUACCACAACCAUCAGAAGACUGUGAGAGACAAGGAAAGGAAGCUCAAUGAUUACCAGCGUGAGCUGGACCGAGUAGUUAAAGACUGCCAGAGAUUAAACCGAGAAAAGGGGGAAUUGCUGGUCCAGCAGGGCCGCCUGCAGAUGGAGGCUGACCAGCACCAGCAACAUAUCAGAACUCGAGACUCACUUAUGAAGACCUUGGCAGCACAACUGGAGCUUGAUGGAUUUGAGCGAACACCAUUCAGUCAGAGACAGAUAGUAAGCUUUCAGAAAUUAGUCAAAGAAAGACAAGAAAAAGAUGAAAUGGAGGCUAAUCAGAUAAUGAAGGAGUUUUCAGACAAAGAAGCAGCUAAACAGAGACAAAUAGAUGAGAUCAGAGACAAGAAGACAGGCCUGGAGCGGACUAUUGAGUUAAAGUCUUCUAUGCAGAACAAAAAACAGGGAGACCUCAGGAACAUCAAAUCUGAGCUACAGCAACUGGAAGGUUCCUCUGACAGACUGCAGGAACUUGAUGAAGAACUUCUAAAAAUGGAGCGGGAACUGGAGGGCGUUGAACGGAACUGCAAUGUAGAAGCUCUGAGAUCAGAGGUUGAACAGCUUCAGAAUCAGAGGUCUGAACUGGACAGAACAGUGCGAAAGCUGGAUCAGGAGAUGCAGCAGCUCAACGCCCACACAAUGACACGGACACAGAUGGAUAUGCUGAAAAAGGAUAAAGCUGAAAAAGAGGAUCAUAUUCGAAAGAUAAAAUCCAGACACAGCGAUGAAUUAACUUCUUUAUUGGGAUACUUCCCAACUAAGAAGCAGCUUGAAGACUGGCUGUAUGCUAAGCAGAAAGAUAUUAAUCAGACACGGGACAAGCUGGCCAAGUUGAACAAAGAGCUAGUGUCAGCUGAGCAGAAUAAAAGUCACAUGAGCAAUGAGCUACGAAAAAAAGAACAACAAUGUGGAUCUUAUGAAGAAAAACUCUUUAAUGUUUGCGGUAGCCAAGACUUUGACAGUGAUGUAACACGCCUGCUUGAUGACAUAGAAAAGUCUUCUAAACAACGAGCAAUGCUGGCAGGGGCCACAGCUGUGUACACCCAGUUUAUCACCCAGCUAACAGAGGAUAAUCAGCCCUGCUGUCCAGUGUGCCAAAGGAUCUUCCCCUCAGAAGCCGAGCUGCAAGAUGUCAUUAAUGACAUGCAGUCAAAAUUGCGUCUGGUUCCAGAUAAACUCAAAUCUACAGAAACUGAUUUAAAGAGAAGAGAAAAAAGGAGAGAUGAAAUGAUGGAGCUGAAGCCAAUGAGGCAAAUGCUGAUUGAUCUUAAGGAAAAAGAAAUCCCUGAACUAAGAAACCAGUUGGUGGCAAUAAACCGAGAAAUACAGCGUUUAAAGAAUGAUGUAGAAGAGCAAGAAACUCUGAUAGCAACUUUUAUGUCUGAGGAAGACAGUGCAAAGGCCUGUCUACAGGACAUAUCCCUAAUGGAGAGGUAUCAGAUGGAGUUAAGGGAUGUGGAGCGGAAGAUAGCACAGCAUGCUACUAAACUGCAGGGGGUGGACCUUAAUCGUACUGUUCAGCAGGUGAACCAAGAGAAACAAGAAAAGCAGCAUAGUUUGGAUAAUGUUUCUGGUAAAAUUGAGCUGCUGCGCCAGCGGAUACAGGACCAACAAGAACAGAUCCAACAACUGAAGAGUUCCGCCAAUGAACUGCGAGCAGAGAAACUACAUAUUUCUAGUAAUCUUCAGCGUCGCCAGCAAUUAGAAGAGCAAAGUGUAGAGAUGACCACUGAGCUACAGUGCCUGUCCAGAGAGAUCAGGGAAGCUCGAGAGCAAGUAUCCCCCCUGGAUAACACUAUGGAAAAACUUCAGCAGGAGAAGAAAGAAAUCCUACAGAGGAAAGACUCCAGCUACAGAGCAGUACAAGAAAGGCUAAAUGAUAUUAAAGAAAAAGUUAAAAAGAUCAGCUUGUAUGUGAAGGAUAUCGAAAAGUAUAUCAGUGAUGGAAGAGAAGAAUUCAAAGAGCAAAAGGAAACCGAGCUGCAGGACAUAAUAGCACGUCUUAAUGACAGUGAAAAGCAUAAAGAAGCAAUUAACAAAGAAAUGAUGACUAUUAGGCAGGAUAUUGAUACCCAAAAAAUACAGGAACGAUGUCUCCAGGACAAUUUAACACUCAGGAAACGACUGGAGGAGUUAAAGAAGGUUGAACAAGAACGAGAGCAACUACUGAAGGAAAUGGGGCAGAUGAAAGCUGCACAACUGAGAAAUGAAUAUCAAGACUUGGAAAACAAAAUUGAAACAUUGAAAACAAACCACAGCCUGGCUCUUGGACGUCAGAAAGGAUUUGAGGAUGAAAUCAUGCGGUAUAAGAAAGAACUUCGGGAACCCCAGUACAAAGAUGCUGAAGAGAAGCACAGGGAGAUGAUGAUUGUUAUGAGGACCACAGAGCUGGUCAACAAAGACCUGGACAUUUAUUAUAAGACACUGGACCAAGCCAUAAUGAAGUUUCAUAGCAUGAAGAUGGAAGAGAUCAAUAAGAUUAUUCGUGAUCUUUGGCGCAGCACUUAUCGGGGACAAGAUAUAGAGUACAUUGAGAUCAGAUCUGAUGCUGAUGAAAGUGUCUCAGCUUCUGAUAAGAGAAGAACCUACAACUACAGAGUUGUGAUGAUUAAAGGAGAUACUGCACUUGAUAUGAGAGGACGGUGCAGUGCUGGGCAAAAGGUUCUGGCAUCUCUUAUUAUCCGUCUGGCACUAGCAGAGACAUUUUGUCUGAACUGUGGAAUACUUGCCCUGGAUGAACCUACAACAAACCUGGAUCGUGAAAACAUUGAAUCUCUUGCACAUGCAUUGGUUGAGAUCAUCAAAAGUCGGUCAAGACAGCGAAAUUUCCAGCUGCUUGUGAUUACACAUGAUGAAGAUUUUGUGGAGCUUCUGGGGCGUUCAGAAUACGUGGAAAACUUCUACCGAAUUAAAAAGAACAUGGACCAAUGUUCUGAGAUUGUGAAGUGUGGUGUGAACACCUUGGGAUCUUAUAUGCGUUAGAAGUAGUUUGCAGGAUUUAUGCCAAAUCGAAAACCGUAAAUGCUGCUGAUAGUUUUUACACCUAGUGCUAUUAUUGUGGAUUUAUUUGUAAAGCCCGUUUUGACCCAGCUGCAGCUUGAUGCUAAGACACUUUUCUGUAUCUCUCAUUGGCCCCUCUUUACUUCCAUGGUGAAUGCAUGCUGUUAUGUACAUAGUGUGGGUUAAUGUUGUUGCACGUUAUAGCAGAUUGAUGAGACAUACUGGCCAGAUAUAGUUGGCUAAAAGCUCUGACCAUGCUGUGUGUUUAUAGCAGCCUGUAUUCACUAAACCGAUGACCAUGCAUAUACUUUAUGUACAUAUAAACAUGCAUGCAUAGACUCUUCUGGGGUUGAGCAAAAGCGUCAAUACAUGUAUUAAGCAAUUGUUACUUUGUCCAGCUUUUACACAGACGGCAAUACAAACAGAUGAAGGUUCUAAUCUUUCCCCACUCUGUUUAAAACUUUAGGUUGUGUUCACAUCUCUGUGCUUGAUACCUGUAGCUAAAACCUAACCUGCAAGUUCCCACUGUGCUGUACUGAAAGACACCAUUUCCCAAAAAAUGUGUGGAGCAUGCCUCCGCAGGACAGUCAAACUUCAGCAGCACUGUAACUAAUGUGCUAUAAUUCAUGUACAUUGUCCUAUGCAGUCAAACCUACAAGAUAAUUCACAAUUAAAAGAAGCCUUUUAUGUAUUGUUUGUUAAUGUUGUACUUUGUGUUGCAUAAAAAGAAGUACUACAAAAUGGAGAUGGCAUUUAGAAGACAAACACAGGCGAACAAAUAGUUUGACACUACAGGUUGAUUUAUUACAAAAAGUAAUGUAAGGGCUGUUCAACUGCCAUGCUCCACAAACAGCUAAAUAAGUUAUAUCUCAAUAUUGCCUUCCCAAGACACCACAACAAUGUAUGAAUGAAUGUAGAGUUUGCUGUAGGGUAGGAAAACAUUUUGCUCUCACUGGAAAAGGUUUUGGUGAAACGGCUACUAAAAGUUUCAAUUUCGGGAGGGAGAAAAUAUUUCACUGACACAUUUCUUGGAGAGAAAGCUAUUACUGAGGUUUAAAAAGGUAUACAAAAAAGCUUUUUGCAUGUGUCAUAAAUAAAUGUAUGCUGUUCCUUGUGGUUCUAUAAAUAAAGUUUUUUUUUUUUUCUUCA